AUGACGCUUCCUAUCAAUCGUCUUCCAUCCGAAGUUCUCAGCGCUAUCUUCAUCGUCGUGCGAAAUAAUCACCAGUACGAUCCUAUGGAACCGCCAGACCGGCACUGGAUCCGCGUCACUCAUGUCUCAUGUCACUGGCGCGCCGUGGCCCUCGGCUGCCGUGUUCUCUGGUCCGAAGUGAAUCUCAAAUUAAAAACCAGUUGGAAGGACUACGGCGGUACCAUGGCAAUGAUGCGUCGGGCAGAAUCAGCACCUCUACGACUUUAUAUCAAUUACGAACAACCACUGGGCCCCGGUAACAUGGCUCUGAAGAUUUGGCCGCAACCAUCGAAAGGCUCGACGACGGAUGCAUGCAGCGUGACUCCUCGCGUGGAGAGUCUGAUCAUGCAUGGUUACGAGAAAAAAAAGGAGGACUUGCGUCGCGCCAUGACCCUUUAUCUCCCACAUCUGCGCUCCUGUCGGAUGUCCGACCCACCGGACACGCUCGCCGAGUUCGACUGGUCAAAACUUCGAUCGCUGGCGUACGCGAAGAGUAGCAUCGACUGGAGCUCGGCCAUGCUGCAGUCACCUCGCGAUCUGCGAAGUCUUGAGGUGGAGAUGGACCUGCAAGACGUCUGGGUCGACAUUCCGACCAACUACGCUGGAAAUGUCAUCGGUGACCUGGGGCAAAUCGCCAACCUCCUCGCCCGACAUCCGCAGUUGCAGGAGCUUGCACUUUUGGACUCGCUUCCCUCCUGGACCACUGAGGACGAUAUACGACAAGUGCACGCGAUAGUGUACCCGCGCAUGGCACAUCUCGACAUCGCCCAUCAGGACUUCCGCGCAGCGAGAUUUGUCCUUCGCCUGCUCCGCCUGCCGGUCACCUGUCGAGUUGGUCUAGCCCUUAGACCGUCGAUACUCCACAAAGAUGUCGAGAUACCACAGCCUGCGGAUUGGCUCCAGCUCUGGCAGCUCGUCUUCGAGCGCGAGAUCUCUCUUGACCCGGCCGCCGCGCCGCCUCGAUACGCUGUGAUGAAGAUAGCCUGCCGCGAGGAGUCGAAAGGGAUCUGGGACGUCGAGUUGCGGGCGUUCAUGUCGCAAGGUGCCGCGAGCGCGCAUUCGGAGCUCCUGUUGCCAAGCAUGCCCGCAAAAGAUGUGGCGGCGCACCUUGCCUGGAUCCGGGAUCCGUUCGCGGCGCUGUCUGUCUCCACCCUCGUCGUCGAUUUGCAUACCGAAAGACGGAAUACCGAAUGGCUGGCUGUCACCAAGAAAAUGACGAGCGUGCAUACGGUACGCAUCAACGCGAUCGGCUGGGACUUAUCGGAGAUGGUAGCGUUUUUGGCUCCUGUCGAAGGACAUGCCGAUUCCGUGCUUCCGAACAUGCAUACGUUAGUGCUGACGGAUGGUGAUAUCCACACGCGGCCGGGAGAUAUGCGCGCGUUUCCAGCGACGGAAGCUAGAGAGGAGAUCAAAGCAUUCGGCGCGGCCUUGAGGGAUCGUGUUGUCGAUGGUCGGUUGAGGGAGUUGCAUAUCAAUUGUGUGAUGCAUGCGAGGCUCGCCGAAGGCUGGCUAACAGCAUUGGAAACAGCACUGCCUGGUCUGAAGAUUAACUGGGUAUGGGGAAGAGAGGAGGUUGAGGUGCUACAACGUUGA